CGGUAGUGAGUUUUUCUGUAAAGUGGGUUAAGGUCAGGAUGUAUCUUAAUGAAACCACAUCCUGUUAAAAAUGCCACAGUGAAUUACACCACGCAUAAUUGUAAAGAGCACAGAUCAUCUCAUCUCUGAACAUAACCAGCAAAUAAUGGAAAUGGACACCGUUUAUGGAAAUAUUCGACACAAAAUUGGAUCUGAGACACAGAGUCAGAACCGGACUGAAGCUCAAAACAGCAGAACAUGUAUUUUGUGGAUCACAGUGUUUCUGGGGCUCAUCUGUGUUCUUCUGGUGAUCGUCGUUGUUGUGCUGUACAUCCACCUGACAGCAGAGAGAGAUCAGAUGAAAAUGAGAUAUAUGAACAUGACUGAUGAAAGAGAAGAACUACAGAAACAUUUCUACUCUGUGAUGGAGAAGAAGCUGGAGUUGGAGACCAGAGUUAAACAUUUGACUGAUGAACUAAUGAAUCUUUCAGGGUCAUUCAGAUAUUUCAUAUCCAGUGAGGAGAAGAGCUGGUCUGACAGCAGACAGUUCUGCAGGGCUCUUGGUGGAGAUCUUGUCAUCAUCAACACUGAAGAAGAACAGAAAUACAUUUCAUCAAUUGUCAAACAGAGAGCGUGGAUUGGUUUGUCUGAUAUAGAGAAGGAAGGAAACAUGACAUGGGUGGAUAACACAGCACUGACUAACGGAUUCUGGAACCAAGAUGAGCCAAAUGACGAAAAGGGAAAUGAAGAUUGUGUUGAAAUUUGGAACCCAAAACCGUUUCUGAACAACUGGAAUGAUAUUCCAUGCACAGAGGCAAGAAAAUGGGUUUGUGAGAAUUAGGGUUUAUCUGCUUUUGUUGUGAUAAGGGAACUUUAGUUUUGUGAUAUUUACUUUUAAUUUAAGCACAAAACAAGGAUGUGGAAGCUCUGACUCUGGGCAUUAGCUUCACCCCUAACCCUUACGUAAAUCUCCCACAAAGUGGGCACCGGCAACUGUGUCCAACCCCUUUGCACAUCUCCGUCAGUCUAAACAG